AUGCGGAUGUGGAUGCGGAUGCCGCAGGCUGUGCAGCUGCUGUUUGCGAUGGGCUUGUGGGCGAUGCAAGGUCACGCGCAGUUGCAUUCACAGCCAGAGGCAGCCGUUGGUGCAGCAGCAGCAGCAGCAGGAGGAGGAGGAGGAGGAGCAGGAGCAGCGGGUCCUGGAGCCCCACCGCCACGGAACCGCAUCAAGGCGGAAGCCGAUGCCCUGAUGACGGGCGACAGCUUCAACAUUCGCCACGGGCGCUCUCGGUCGCAUUUCCUCCAUGCCAGCACAAACAACAGUGGCAGCGCCAUUGGGAGUGGCAUAGGAGGAGGUGGUGGUGGAGGUGGCAUUGGGACCACCCGCCUGCUGCUGAUCCCGCCCACACAGCUGCCGGGUGUGGGUGGCACCUCCCAGGCUCCCGUCACGCACAAAAUCCGCAAAUUGCACAAGAAGAAAAUCAACGAGAGCAUACGCAAAAGUGUGGACAAAAGUCUGGGCCUCCGCCAUCCGCCCAAGAACCACCGCAGCCUGGCCGAGGCCGAGCACCUGCAGGGUCGUCCCACCAGCGAGGAUGCCGAGGACACCGAGGACACGGCUCUCAGCGAGGUCAUGCAGCUGGCGGAUGAGAUUGAGCUGGAGAGCUCAUUCGUUACGGCGGCCCCAACAGGUGAUCCGGAUAUUGGUGUCAAGCAGGCGCGCCAAUUUGUGCGUGAUGAGGCCAAUUACCAGGAGGACGAUGAAGACACUAUCGACGACGACGAGGAGCUCGACGAGGAGGAGGAGGAGGCUCCUACGUCCCCCCCCCCCCCCCAAAAGCCCAAAAUCGCCAGUACCCGCCUGCUGCCGGUAAAUGGCACUUGGCAGCGCAUGGGCACCAUAACGCGGGACUCCGCCUCGGAAUCGGAUUACGACGCAAAUGCCCAGGACAACGCGGAUGAGGAGGAGCAGGAGGGUCAGCCGUUUGGCAAGCUGCUGCCGCUCAACGAGAGCCUCAGCACCACCGAGUGGAUGGACGACGCGGCGCAGCGGGAACCGGAGGCGGAGGCCAGAUCCCAGGCGGCCAGCAUAGAGGUCAAGCAGAUCAGCUUCGACAGCGACAGCGAUGGCGAUGGCGACUCCGAAUCCGAUUCCGAGGCCGGACUGGAUACCUCCGAGGUCACCAUGGACGACGGCUAUCCGCCGGAUGCGCAAAUCGAUGACAAGACCAAGCAGCUGGUCAUUGGCGAUGUGGAGGAGGACAGCGGCGACAACAUGGAGUCCAGCCAGAUAACCGCCGACGUGAUCAACGCCCGGGACAGCAAGAUCGAUCUGGUGUCCAAGUUCCUGCAGUACAUCGAGCAGCAGCACCUGAUGGGCUCCAACUGCGUGGCCGGCACCUCGCUCAAUCUCGGCGAGGGCGUGGUCGACCGCUAUGCCCAGGACAGGUUCCGGGUGGAGGCCGAGGUGGCCGUCAAUCGCGCCAAUAUGCUGACCAGGAUCUUCAAGACCACCGGCCGCUCCGUGCAGGAGGAUGUCAACCUGCUGCACGCCUCCGUGCUGUCCAUGGUGGAGUUCGACGAUGAUAUAUUCGCGGCCGGAAAUUGCUUCGACUGGAACGAGCAUCCCGCGCAGCCGGGCCUCUUCUGCCCCUUCGCCUACCGCCUGCCGCCGCCGAAUCUGGGAGCGGUGUUCGCCAAGGAUCUGGCCAUGGAGUACCACUAUCUGGGCAACACCUCCGAGUGGUUCUUCCUGGCCCGCAAGAACGCCGAGAAGGUGAUAGCCCGCAACGAGCAGUAUCUCAAGUCCUUUCAUCUCUACUCGAACCGCACGGAGGAGCGCAUCGAGGACGACACGCUGGCCGUGAAAUACGAGGACGGCAGAUGGUCGAAACCAUAUUACGACUGCGGAGGCGGCAACAUUUGGAUGCUCACCUACACGGUGCCGUUCUUCGGGUAUGAGAACGGCACCUACCACUUCAAGGGCACAUCUGGCAUCGACAUCGACCUGCGCCGCGUGGACAUCGACCAGUGUCCGCAGCGCCACACGCCGGGCACCAAGCGACCGCUGAACAUCUUCGCCGGCACGGACAAGUGCAAGCAGCGCACCACCAUGUGCGAGGCCAUCAUGGGACUGGGCUUCCGGCGCGGCUCCUACAAAUGUCUGUGCCGCAAGGGAUUCUACUUCCCGGACAUCGUCUCGCAGCACAAGUUCUUCAACGGCAGCCUGCUGGAGGAGGAGUACGAGAAGCUGAUGCUGGGCAAGAACUCCACGUACAACAGCAACAGCGAGUACGAGUGCCUGCCCUGCGCCGAGGGCUGCGACUCCUGCGAGGACUCCUCGCCCUGCAUCGCCGCCCUCAACUGGCCAAUGCGCACCAGCAUCCUGGCGCUGGCCUGCAUCGUGAUUGGCCUCCUGCCCCCGGCCGCCUGGUUCACCUUUCGCUACCAGCAGGUUAAGGUGGUGAGGGCCGCCAGUCCGGCUUUGUUGCGGGUCAUCGCCUUGGGAGCAUUCUUCAUCUACUGCACGAACAUUGUGAUGUAUCCGAAUCCGAACCUGUACACCUGCACGGCGCGCAUUUGGCUGCGCGAGAUUGGCUUCUCGCUGACCUACGGAGCUCUGAUGCUGAAGACCUGGCGGAUAUCGGUGAUUUUCCGAGUUCGCUCUGCGAAGGCGGUGAAAAUCACGGACGCCGCCCUGCUCAAGCGACUGGGCAUCAUCUGCGGAGCCAUCGGCACCUGCCUGCUGGUCAGGACACUCGUCUCGCCGCCGGACGUGGUGGUGGGACGCACCGCCGACGACCUGAAGGCGUUCCUCUGCAAGACCGACUGGUGGGACUACACAUUCACCUCGAUGGAGGUCCUGUUCCUGGCCUGGGGCGUCCGCCUGUGCAUCAUGGUGCGGAAGGCGCCGUCGGAGUUCAACGAGAGCCGCUUCAUAUCGAUGGCCAUCUACAACGAGUUCCUGCUCACCUGCUUCCUCAACGUGUCCAUGCUCUUCCUGCAGUCGCCGGCGAAUCCGGACCUGCUGUACAUCAUCUUCUUCUGCCACACCCAGCUGACGGUGACGCUGCUCCUGGCCCUCAUCUUCGGCAGCAAGGUGUACAUCGUGCUGCGCAGCGGCAAGUCGCACCAGGAGAACAUUGGCAUGGGCACCAAGGCGUCGGGGGCCAAAUUCAAUUUUCGUCCCCAGGUGCGCACCUUCGCCAAUCCCAGCUCGGUGACCACCUCCACGGCCCCGGUGGCGGCCACCACGUCAGCAGAAACCAAGCUGUCCGACCAGGAGGCGCUGGAGGAGAUCCGCCAGCUGAGCAUGCAGCUGCAGCGCAUCCAGGAGAUGGCUCCGCCCAAGGGCGUGGCGGUGAUGACCAUCUCCAGCCUGCUGGACGGCCUGAAGACCCCCGGCGGCCUGAUGGUGGUGGCGGCGGCGGCGGGCGCCACUGCCCAUGGCCACUCGGCCGCCAAUCGCCAGAGUGCCCUGCCCCUGCUGGCGCUGAACGUGGAGAUGCAGAAGUACAGCCAGCAGAACAACAACUCCAAUGGGCGGGGCAGUGGCAGGGCCAGUAUACCCACCAUGGUGCUGGAGACGCCGCCCAGCUCGACGCCUCCUUCGGCGGCCUACGAGGAGCGGGCGGUGAACACGGAGCUCAGUGGCGACGACUUCCGGGAGCAGCUGCUCCGGCGAACGGCCGAUGGCCACAUCAUCUGCAGUCGCUGCCUGGACGCGUCCAAGGAGCACUACUACUGCUGUCCGCCGCGCAGCGCCUGCGACCACCUGGGCUCGCCGAAGGAGGAGGGCAGCCUGAGCUUCGCCAACAUCAAGCUGGAGUGCAUGUGCUCCCAGUCGGAGGACCUCGACCAGGAUGCGGCCCAGCGCCAGCGGCGGCCCACGGUGCGCACGGCGGCCACCAACACGCCGCCGACCAGCUGCAAGCGGGCGCCACGCAAUCUGCUGGAGGCCGAGCUCAGCAUUUCGUAUCAAAUUUGUGAUAACUGUAGAAGUAAGUACAAGCUAACUGGCCGCCGCCGCAGCGGCAGCUACUCCCAGGCCCAGGAGAAUCCCCAGCUGGGCCAGCAGCCCGCCGGCCAGUUGCCCAGCCAAUCCCGCAGCACCGAGCUCCUGGACCGCAGAAGCGCAGAAGCCGCCGAGGCGGAUGAGAAGGAUGAGGCGAGAACCAAGGCGGCCCACUCCACGGACGACAUAGUCCUGUACUCCAGUGCAGCCGAGGAGAGCGAUCAGCUGGCACCCUCGCUGGGCAAUGUGUCCAACAACUCGAACAACUCCACCAGCGGCAGUGGAGGCGCCUCCGCUCGUCCCAAGCGGCCGGACAAGUUGGUCCUGGAUCUGAACGAUCGGUCCAAGUACACCAAAGAGGUUUCCGUGUAG